UGUAUGGUUAUAGAGGUGUUUGUAGUGUUUGGUUGGGUUUAGAGGGGUUUUGAAGUGUUUGGAGGGGUUUGGAUGGCUUUAGAUGCGUUCACAGGGGUUUAGAGGGGGUUAGAAGUGUUUAGGGGUGUUUACUGGGGUUUAGAGUGGUUGGCAGCAGGUUAGUGGGGUUUAUAGGAGUUUAGAGAGAUUUAGAGAGGAUUACAGAGGUUUAUACGGGGUUUAAAGGAGAUUACAGGUGUUUAGAGUUGUUUAUAUGGGGUUUACAGGGGGUUAGAGAGGGUUCGAGAGGUUUACAGGUGUUUAGAGGGUUUUAGAGGGGUUUGGAGUGGUUUAGAGGAGUACUCCACAGUACUUUCCACUUCUGGGAGUGAGUGGAGCAGGGCAGUGGCCAUGAGCCGGGGCCGGAGCGCUCUCUGAAGGGCAGUGUGAAUCAGGCAUGUGUUGCUUCGCUGGCAACUUCCACCCGGGCGAGUUUCGGUCAGGUGCUCGGGAGUCGCUUGUCCGCAUAUUUGACGUGCUCCACAUUUUUAAGAAGACGAUCGGCGAUCAGCACAACCUCAGAAAGCUAAAAACUAUCUUGGUUGUUGGGCCGAAGAUUGUGCCUCUUGCAGCAGUGAUUGGGGAGAUGCCGCGGUGUGUAGUCGCAGGAGGAACACACCAACACUGACUGAGACAAUGGCCCACUCAGCAAACAAGGUGGACGUAAAUUUAAGAGUACAAGAUAACGUUAGGAAGGAGCAGCAUUGUCAUCAUGAACAUUAUAUUAAGCAUUCCAAUCCUCGCAAAAGUCACGGGGACGGCAGCAGAAACGCCAGAGGAAGAGAUUACUCGCAACGGAAUAGCGAUCCAGAUAGAGAUGUGAGGAGGGAAAGGCCAGAAGGGAAAAGAUCUCAAGUUCGAGAUGUCCACAAUCGUGGAGAUCGUACAAGGGAAGACAAGCAGAGAAUGGAAAGGGAAUACCACAAAAGGAAGAAUCAAAGCCAUCCCUCCAGAUGUGACCAGCAGCCAAAUUACAAAACUGAAAAAGAGAUUCCUUUACCACAUGAUGGUCGUGAUUUCUACGGAUAUAAAUAUUACGCUGAAACUUUACCAUCUGAAUAUGUAAUAACUGAAGAUAAAAUAUCUAUGCAUGAGUUUAAGCAUGAAGAUUCAGGUGGAAUUUCAAACCGUUCCAGCUGUCGUUACCUCUGCACAAAUCGAGGUAUAGUACAGAUGCUGGAGGCCGUGUUAAACCUGCUGGUGUUGGUGUGUGUGGUGGCAUCAUAUGUCGUUCUCUCGGGAUACAGCAGCAAUGGCGGACUGGCAACAAGCUUCUUCAGCAUCAACAGCAAUUAUUCUCCACUUGAAGGGGAACAACUAAAGGAUGUACAGAAACUUGAUCGAGAGUUUAUUCUAUUGCGAGCACCUGAACUCUACUCUGGCAUUGGAGUGACCAUCGCCAUGUUUGCCAUUACUCUGGCCAUUAUGAUUAAGGGCGCUCAGAAUUUACAUAAUAUGCCCUUGAAGUGGUUGAUUUUUGAAGUAAUAUUCAAUAUACUGGCUUCUCUGGGUUAUGCAGCAGCAAUUGGUGUUUACUUGUAUUUUGUCCUGCAGGUUAAUGGCACCGACAUUUGCAAGAGGAGGGAGCUCCUCUAUGCACGAUAUGGUCUGAACUGGAUGAAUUGUGACUUGUCUGGAUCCGAUGCUGCCGCAGCCUGUUUUGCCAUAAUCCUUGUCAUUUGUCAUUGUGUGAGUGCUAUACUGGCUGCAAAAUUAUGCCGAACAGUCAGAGAACUAAACAAAAACACCCCACAUUCGUAAAAUAAUAUUAUGUAUUAAUUCUAUCGCAAGGUGCAGCAUAAUAUGCAGUGGUAUACAGAACACCAAACAUUAGAUCCUAAAUCAAAAUAAAAUUAUUAGCUGGAUAUGGAAGAGGAACUAUAUCUAAUUUUGUACUGAGAGAAAACUUGUAGAUUUAAUCAGUACAUUUUACUGCUUAUGAAGGAAAUUCAUUGAAAAAAAAUGUCAGUUCAAAGCCUAUUUACAGCAUUAAUAUUCCUUCCUCUCAGGGUUUUGUUUCAAUUCCAAUUGGUAUUCUAAUGAUGAAAGUAUUUUUUUAAUUCAAAGGUUAAUUAUUUUCAGAUUAGCUAUUAGAUAAUGGGUGACCAAAACCCCCCCCCCUCAAAAUGCAACCACGGUAAACAUCACAAUGAUUGUGUUCAAUCAACCGUGUGAAUCUCUGUUGUUUAUGUUAUCAAUCACCAAAUCAUCUUCUUCUAUCUGCUCUGCAUGGCCCCCUUCACUAAGAUCCAACAUUAUUAAAAUCAGCAGCGUUUGAUGACACUGGGCCUGUAUUCGCUGGAGUUUCUUUAGUCAGAGGGUGGUGUAUCUGUGGAAUUAAUUACCACGUAAGGCUGUGGAGGCCAAGUCAAUGGAUACUUUUAAGGCAGAGAUGGAUAGAUUCUUGAUUAGUACAGGGGUUAGGGAUUAUGGGGAGAAGGCAGGAGAAUGGGGUUUAGAUAGAGAUAGAUCAGCCAUGCUUGAAUGAUGUAGUAGAUUUGAUGGGUAAAAUGGCCUAAUUUUGCUCCUUUCACUUAGUUAUGACCUUAUGUUGUUAUUUGUGAAACCUGCUGAGGUAAAUUAGAAUCCUAUGUUUCUGCUUCCUGUGUAGACUUCUCCCUCUGCUCCACUAUCAGCGGGAAUGUUCUAUCUCUGCUACACUUUCUGAACCAGUGGGCAAUUAAAAGGGUCCAUGAGGAGCAACAAAAUGGAGUUGGAUUAAGGAAAUUCCCAGUGUUUUUUAUACCUUUUUAAACACGAGGGGGUAAUCUGGGAGAAGGUAGGAUUGCAGGAUAAAGGAGGGAAUUUGUGCUUGGAGUCUGGGGAUGUGGGCAAGGUACAAAACAACUAAGUUGUAUCUGUUUUCACCAAGGAGAUGGGCAUAGAGGACAGGGAGAUCGACUUGUAGAAUACUAAUAUGCAAGGGGGGUUUAAGAUUUAUAAGAGGGAUUCAAAAGUGUUUAUUUGCCAUAUGCACCAAAACGGAACAAUGAAAUUCUUACUCAAUUUCAAAUGUUUCCACUAGUUUAUUCCCAAUUCUGACCUACACGACCACUUCCCAACCCUAACCUCAGUUGCAGCAUAACAUUUGCUUUCAGACUGUAAAUCCUCACACUUGAUAAAUAUAUAAAACUGACGUGUAUGUUAAUGUAGAUGGGUUGGUUAGUAAGUGUGCGCAUGACAGCAGAAUUGCCGUGGUCAUGGUCUGUGAGGAAGGUUGUCAAACUAUACAGUGGAAUCUAGAUCAGCUACUGUAAUGGAUGGAGAAAUGGCAGAUGGAGUUUAAUCUGAACUUGCAUGAGGUGCUGAACUUUAUGACAUUGCAUGUAAGGGUGAAAUAUACAAACAAUGGGAUGACCCAUAACAGCAUGAUGUACAGCGAGAUCCAAGGGUCCAGGACCGUAACUCUCUGAAAGUGGCAACACCAGUAGACGGAGUGGAAAAGAAGGCACAUGGUCUGCUUGGCUUGCUUGGUUGAGGCAUUGAUGAUAAGAGUCAGGAAGUCAUCAUACAUUGGACUUUGGUUAGGCCGCGUUUGGAGUAUUGCACAAAAGGACACAAAGUAACUCAGCUGGCCAAGCAGCAUCCAUGGAGAAAAUGGAUAGGUGACAUUUUGGGUCGAGACCCUUCUUAGACGAUUGUGUGU